AUGGCCGCAGAUUUCCGGUUGACAGGAGUUUUGGGGAAGAUAGUAACAAUUCUUCAAGUAGCUUCAGUUACCCAGGCGUUUUAUAUCCCAGGUUGGUCCGUCAAAAGCUACAAAAACGACGAAGCAAUUCCUCUCUUAGUCAACAAGGUCUACUCAGACAAUACCCAAUUACAGUAUGCAUACUAUGAUCUGCCAUUCGUAUGCCCGCCCAAAGGAGCCCAUCAAGCAGGACUCCCGCUGUUGAGUGGGCAAACGAUCUCACUAAACCUGGGAGAGGUUCUACGAGGUGAUCGAAUCACACAAUCCGACAUCGAGCUGGUGAUGGGGAAAGACUCGCCCUGUAACUUUCUAUGCUCGAAAACCAUCACAAGAAAGGAUCUGAAAAGGGCUCGAGAGAUGGUGCGGGAUGGUUAUGUGGCCGAAUGGAUUGUGGAUAAUCUGCCUGGUGCGACGAGCUUUGUGACGGUGGACAAAACGAAAAAGUACUACGCUGCGGGAUUCAAGAUUGGAUAUAAAGAUAUCGAGCUUAGUUCCGGCAGAAAUCGAUACUACAUCAACAACCAUCUCACGAUUGUCAUUCGUUACCGGAAAGCCCCUGGAAAGGACGGCGAAAGGGGCGGAAAGGUUGUCGUUGCUUUUGAAGUGUAUACGAAAAGUGUCGGACAGGACAAACGACUUGCAGAUGGAUGUCCAGAAGACCUGAAUGAGGUUGAAACACCUAUGGAAUUGUACAUUCAGCCAAACUCGACCGACUUUUCGGAUCUAUACCCACAUUCCUCGUACCAUCCGCAUGAGAGCGAUAUGGAUAUCAACGACGGUGCGACGCUAGAUGUCCCGUAUACAUACUCUGUAUACUGGCGCGAAGACGAUAAGAUUGAAUGGGCGCAUCGUUGGGAUAUGUAUUUUGUCAAUCAGGAAGAAGGUUCGAGGAUCCAUUGGCUUGCGAUCAUCAACUCUAUCAUCAUUUCUGGUUCAUUGAGUGCAAUUGUAGCUAUGAUUCUCGCCCGGACGAUUCGAGGCGACAUCAAGACUUACAAGGAUGCCUCAGUGGAAGAGGGUAAAUCAAAGCUUAAGAGAAAACCUAGAAGCGGGGCGAGAACACCAAAAGGAGAGAAAACUAGUUCAGGCUUGCUUGACCAAGUCGCUGACAUGGAGAACGAUGCUGACGUUUCUUCUGACGAUGAAGCUUUAGAAGAUGUCACCGGCUGGAAAUUGCUACAUGGUGAUGUCUUCCGGGCUCCUGCUUAUGGUUACGUUCUUGCACCACUUGUCGGAUCUGGAAUGCAACUGAUUUUCGUGGCUUUUGGACUGCUUUUCCUAAGCAGCCUGGGCGUCCUCAAUCCCAGUUUCCGGGGUGGGUUCGUCAGCUGUGGAGUUGGACUUUUCGUCUUUGCUGGUAUCUUCUCAGGCUACUUUUCUGGUCGCGUCUACAAGACUUUUGGAGGCAAGAAUUGGAGAAAGAAUACCCUCAUUACCGCUGCGCUCUUUCCCGGACUUCUAUUCGCAUUGGUGUUCAUUCUGAAUUUAUUCGUCUGGGCUCAAGCUUCAUCCACAGCCCUGCCAUUCGGUACGCUUAUUGGACUUAUCCUACUCUGGCUAUGUAUCCAGGUUCCCCUUGUGUAUGUAGGGAGUUGGUACGGCUAUCUCCGCACUGGGGCCUGGGAACAUCCCACAAAGACGACGGCUCUUCCACGGCAGCUACCGCUAGGCCAACCAUGGUACAUACAACCAUAUCAGUCGAUUCUACUGGCUGGUCUCAUUCCUUUUGCGGUCAUCUUCAUCGAACUACUUUACGUCUUCCAAUCGCUUUGGCAAGAUAAAAGCGGUUACUAUUAUGUCUUUGGAUUCCUAUCGGUUGUCUCCGUCAUCUUGAUACUCACCAUUGCCGAGGUCACAGUUGUCACUAUUUACAUCAAGCUUUGUAGCGAAGACUAUAAUUGGUGGUGGCAUUCUUUCUUCGUGGGUGGCGGUAGUGCUGUUUGGGUUUUUGUCUACUGCAUCUGGUAUUAUCUGACAAAACUCCACAUUGAAGGGUUCAUCAGCAGCCUGCUUUUCUUCAGUUAUAGUUUUAUUGCGUGUGUUGUUUAUGGGUUACUCUGCGGAACUGUAGGCUUCUUGACGGCAUAUGCGUUUGUGCGGAGGAUUUAUGGUGCUAUUAAAGCCGAUUAA